CAGUGCAGAAAGGAGAAAGGAGGCGCUGGGGGGCGGGAGGAGCCCGCGGGGGUGGAUCGGGAGCGGCAGGGUGAGCUAUAACCGGGAUAUAGCGGGGAGGGAGAGUGACCCCCACCGCGGAGCUGCUGCUUCCCAGCCUUGUCCCAGUGGCUAGAAGAAAUGAGCCGGUCGAGGUGGGUCCCAGGAGGCUUAACUAAGACCAUAAUAACAACGGUCGUUGGCUAUGGGGUUGAGAAACUCGUAGAAAUGAUAAUCGAAGAGUCAAGAAGGAGAAAGGAGAAGAAGACCACAAGAGUCCUGGAAUGUAAGAUAGAUGAAGCCUUCCAGGAGCUCAGGGAAAAAAUUGAAACCGUACAGGAAUAUUUCAAAGAAUUUCAGGAGUCCAGACAGAAGGAGCAUCAGCUCCUCAGAGCAGAGCUGGAGAAGAACCAAGGAAAGAAGGAGGAGAACUUUGCAAGGGUCCUGUUAUCUAGGACAGAGAAAGAAAUCCAGGUACUCUCCAAGAGAAUUAAAACUCUGCAAAAAGAAGUACAAGAAUGGCCAGAGACCACAAUGUAUGAGCUUGAGCUUCUCAGAGCAGAUCUGGAGAAGAACCAAGGAAAGGAAGAGAAGGAAAUUUCAAGGGCCCUGUUAUCCAGGUUGAUUUGGAAAUUCCAGCAGCUCUUCAAAAAAAUUGAAACUUUGGAAGAAGAUUUAGAGGAAUUGCUGAAGACAUCACAGCAUGAGUUUCAGCUUCUCAGAGCAGACCAGAAGUAACAAGGCAUGGUUAUAGGAAAGUGCAUAAGAAGACGAGUGGUGCAAUACAGACACACAGACAACUUCUGCAUGGAUGAAAUAUUGAUCACUGAGCAAAAUGGGAGUCUGGAAUAAAUUCACAAGUUUUUGGAGAAAUAAUUAUAAUGUAUUGUCUCUAUCACUUUAUUUCAUACUUCUGGUUGUGGUUGAAGAAAUAAUGGAGCUGGAAUGGAAAGGUCCUCAGAAAAGUCAUUAAAGAAGUUGUAUGUUGUUUCCUACUUUUUCCAUCCAACCUUCAUUACAUUUUUCCUGAGUUUGACCUCCCACCCUGCCUGCGUUUUCAGGGCUCACUGUGUGGGGAAAUGCUCAUGCUGCUGGAAGAGUGAGAUAAUUUUUAGGGCAUUCACCUCCUGUGCUUUGGUUUCUAAUCCUCCUGUGUCAUGGCAGAUACAUCGACUGUGUGGUACCAACAAAAGAUGGAAACAGCAGCCAAAAGCCACCUAAAGCAGAGCAGCUGCAAGACCCAGCAAGUUCUACACCAAAUCUCAGGGAAGAGCCCUGGGAAUUUUGGACAUUGAAUAUUCUAACAUUUCAUGUGUAUAAAGAAUCUGGGAUGCACUGCAGUAUAGGAAUAAUUUCAUCUGGAGAAUGAAGUGUUCAGUUGCAGUUAUGAUUUUUAUGUCACAUGUUUACUACAUUCACAUUACCCAUCUUCUUUUCUGCUUCUGUUUUUAAUAAAUUUAUAUCAACACAA